UUUUCCUUAAUUAUGUUGGCAGCUUGUGGCGAUGGCAAGGAAUCUGAUCAUCCCUCCACAGAGUCCUCACAAACAUGCCGCAAGUUUGAAUUUUCGGAGAUUCUCUUAGCAACUGAUAACUUUGAUGAAUCAUUAGUAAUUGGGAAGGGAGGUUUUGGAAAAGUUUUCAAAGGUAAGAUUAUUAAUGGAUCAAGCCUUGUGGUUGCAGCCAUUAAACGGUUGGAUUCCAUGUCUACUCAAGGGGCAACAGAGUUUUGGGCGGAAGUUGAGAUGCUUUCAAAGUUGCAUCACUGUCACCUUGUUUCUUUGUUUGGUUAUUGUAAUUAUGAAAAAGAGAUGAUUCUCAUCUACGAAUAUAUGCCAAAUGGAACACUAGAAGACCACCUACAUAAACUUGGUACCCCUCUUACUUGGCUUCAACGACUCAAGAUCUGCAUAGGUGCCGCCCGUGGGCUAGACUACCUCCACACCCGUACAGGGAUUGAGUUUGGUGUUAUACAUCGCGAUGUCAAGAGCUCAAAUAUUUUGUUACAUGAAAGAUGGGCAGCUAAAAUUUCAGAUUUUGGCUUGUCCAAAAUAGGCCCAACGAAUCAGAUAUCUACUACAGUCAUCACAGGCGUUAAAGGAACUUUUGGGUACUUCGAUCCAAAUUAUUUCACGACUGGAAAACUGACUAGGAAGUCUGAUGUGUAUGCUUUUGGGGUGGUAUUGCUUGAAGUGUUGUGUCGGAAGCGUGCAGUGGAUAGAAGUCUUGAUGAGGACCAUUGGGGUUUAGUGAUGUGGGCUCAAGAGUCCAUCAAAGAGGGAAAUUUAAAGUAUAUAAUUGAUUCGGGUAUAAGGGGUCAAAUAUCCACAAAAUGCUUAAAGGAGUUUGUUCAAAUUGCAGAGAAAUGUUUGCUUCGAAAUCCAAAACUACGCCCCACAAUGGCUGAGAUUGUGGUGGGUCUUAAUUCUGUACUGGCCUCCGAAGAAAAGACCAGUAGUUUCUUGCCUCCUGACGACAGAAAAAAGCUUGAUAUCUUUCCCUUACCCUCCAACGGAGAGAACUCUGGUAGAACGGUUGUCCCCCUCCCCUCCAAGGGAGAGAACUCUGGAGUUCAUUCGACUUGUGGAAGGAUGUUUGCACAGCAGUCCAAAGCAGCGUCCUACUAUGGCUGA